GCAUAGAAACUAAGGCAGUCAAACUGAGGGGAAGAACAUUACGAUAGAUAUCCCACACACAUCAUCAGUGAUUUAUUUCAAUUGCUUUGAUUACAGAAUCCAACAGGACCUUUUAAAAGUGAUGCAUUCAUGAAUUUGCUGUUGUUGCUUGCUCGAACACUGCGAGAGUAGCUAGUUACCGACCGGCUGACGCUAAACUGGAUGGCUAGCUAUCUAAAGCUUGAGCUAAUGUUACAACAUGUAACUAGCUGGCUAACUAAUCAUAUGUAGCUAAUUACUAGGUAGGUACUUAGCCACAGUUAUUGAUAAGUUACAAGCUACGUGAUUACAGCCAUAUUUUUCGAACAUGCAUUCGCCUAACAGUUCGCUAAGGCUGGCUAGCGGCAGCGAAGCCCACACAUACUGAUCGGAGAGGCAGAUAUGGCUGCGGACGCGGGCGGAAUUUCCGAACUGGACCAGGAGAAAUACGACGCAGACGAGCGAGUAAAGAUCAUCUGCCUCGGAGACAGCGCAGUUGGCAAAUCCAAGUUAAUGGAAAGAUUCCUAAUGGAUGGAUAUCGUCCCCAACAGCUGUCCACCUACGCACUGACACUUUACAAGUACACAACCACAAUCGAUGGGAAAGCAGUACUAGUAGACUUCUGGGACACGGCCGGACAGGAGCGCUUUCAGAGCAUGCACCCCUCCUACUACCACAAGGCCCAUGCCUGCGUGAUGGUCUUUGAUGUCCAGAGGAAGAUUACGUAUAAAAAUCUAACAAACUGGUACAAAGAACUGAGAGAAUAUCGCCCAGAGAUCCCAUGCGUAGUAGUUGCAAACAAAAUAGAUGCUGACAUGAAGGUUACCCAGAGAAACUUUAAUUUUGCAAAGAAGCAGGGCUUACCUCUGUACUACGUGUCUGCUGCUGACGGGACCAAUGUGGUCAAGCUGUUUAAAGAUGCUAUAAAGCUGGCAUUGUCUUACAAGCAAAAUUCAAGUGAUUUCAUGGAUGAGGUGAUGCGAGAACUUGAGAACUUUGAACUGGAACAAAACCAGGACUCUUCAGACAGAGAGGAAGAUGUCAUCAAAGAGGAGAAGGCCAAGGUGACAUGAGAACCAUGCAACCUUGAACAACUGUCAUAACCACAGAAAUGGAAAAAAUCCAUUUUCUUUCCAGUGGGUCCGUACUGAAUCACCAUUUUGUCACACUUGUUCUCUGGGUGUGUGUGAGAGGGAUGCAGACUCUUUCUGUAAUGGUUUUGUUCGUCACAUCAGCGGAUGAGCAAAGCAAGAUGUGCGUUACACUCUGUUUCACCUUCGCCCUGAAAAAUACGAGCAUCAUAGGGAUUAACAGACCAGCACCAUGAAGUGAAAAGAGAGACUCUACAUGAACCAUUUGGCAGAUUCACCAUAAAAGUGCUUCUGCUUGUUUUGUAAGAAGACAUGAUACCAAGGCCAAAUAUUUGUAGAACCAGGUGUCACAGUCCACAGCUACAUAACACAUAAAUAUGCUUAAUAAAUAUAUGGGUACAAACUAGAAAGUUACCAUGUAAUUCAACCGGUGUAAUUAUGUGUUAGUACACUGUUGUUUAUGAUGUCUGUGGUGCAUCAUGUAUAAUGUCAUGGUUAAACCAAUGUUGGUUUGUACAUCUAUACAGUCUAUGUUGGAAAAAGAAACUUUUAAGUGGAAUGUGACUACAGCCUCUUGUAUGUUAACAUUUGUAUACCAGACUUUACAAAUAAUGAAUGUGAUAUGACACAGGCUUUGCUAAGGAGAACUUUAGAAACUUUGGAAGGACCCAUAUGAAAGCUCAAAAUCUAAUGGGACAUUUUCUCCCAUAAGCCCAGCAACAUUCUUGCACAUACUGUGAAUGAAAACCAUUGCAAUGCAUACUUGUUGUUGUGUUGUUAUUUAAUGGACUGGCAUUUGUGCCAGUGCUCUGUCUUGAAGAGGCUGCUAAAUGUGAUGUUCAUGCUAUUACAUGAAAGUAGGAGUCAUUG